AUGUCGGGUGUUUCAAGGGUAAAGUCAAUGAAUGUGGUUGAUUCAGAAGCAAGGGCAAUCCUUGUACCAGCUGUAAAUCUAGUAGUACUCCUAGUAGGAAGAAGCAAUUCACGUCGAAAUCUAAAAGUGUUGUUUCAGACAGUGCAUCAGAUUCUUCACUUGAAGCUAGGAAUUCGUUAUAUGAGAACGUUCAAAUCGUUAUAUAUGAAUAUUCGAGCUGAAUCUGGAGGGAGUUUAAGGUUUGUAGGGCUGUAUAAUUCAGAUCGAUCUUACGCGAUUUUUCAUGACGAAGAAUGGGGAGUUCCGGUCCAUGAUGACAAGAGAUUAUUUGAACUCCUUGUUCUUUGUGGAGUUUUGGCUGAACUAACUUCCAUUCUUAACAGAAGACAUAUAUUCAGAGAAGUAUUUGCAGAUUUUGAUCCUGUAGCAGUGUCGAAAUUGAACGAAAAGAAGAUUUUAGCACCUGGAAGUACAGCAUGUUCACCACUAUCAGAGCUUAGAGUCAUUGAAAAUGCUCGUCAAGUGUCGAAGAUAACAGAUGAAUUUGGUUCAUUUGACAAGUAUAUCUGGAGCUUUGUGAACCAACAGCCUAUAGUUGGCAGAUUCCGAUAUCCUCAUCAAGUUCCGGUAAAGACCUCAAAAUCGGAAGUUAUUAGUAAGGACCUAGUUCGGAGAGGUUUCCGUGGCGUGGGACCCACUGUUGUCUAUUCCUUCAUGCAAGUUGGGCAUCUUAUCAUCUGCUUCAGAUUUCAGGUCUGUUUAGCAGCUGCUGAAGGAAAACAGAAGGAUCUAAAUGUGUAGAUCAAUCGUUGACCUGAGUUUCUCAUUUGGUGUGAUCGUAUCGUUGAGCAUUUUAACGAUCCAAUUCACUUGUAUCAUCUCGUUAUCGUCUAAGCUCACUCAGAUUAGUACCAGAACUCGUUGUGUAAAUUAUUGUUAGUACAAGAUCAAAAUUGAGUGAA